AGCCGAAGAAGACGCGCGACGCUCGGUAGGAUGCAAGCUGGAAGAAGGACGGUUGACGGUGGCGAUAGUAGUUAGCGGUAGACAAGAAGAGGGUGAAAGACGAAAGGAGGUGCGGGAGAAGGAGAAAGAGGGUCGUCCGAGAGAGAGGUGCGAGAGAAGGAAGGAGACAAGGAGGGUCGGUGAUGGCUGCGAUGGUGAUGGUCAGUGGUUGUAUACCGGUUAAGCCGUUCAGUGCCAGGCCGGCGUCCGUCACGGUUAAACCUCGACCACUUGGUCGUUCGACUCCUAGACCGGCACCGAAUCCUUCGUGCCUUCAGGAUACAGUCCUUCCAGGUGGUUACCACCUCCUGGACUCUUGUCUCCACUCGAUCCACCGACCAUUGUCCUGUUGUGAACCUUCUCCGAGGACGCGUCCAUUCGCUUAUCAGUGACAUACCCAGACAUAUGACAGUUAAACAGUGGUUCCAUCAUUCGUGAUUAAUAAAACCAGCCUGGUCUAACUGAUUUCAAAGUUUACUGGCUCCUUCUGCUCGAAGAUAAGAAUUCGAUUCCUGCGAUGGUCAUUUGAUAAAGGUCACCCGGUGUCGCUGAUAGAGAUCGAAGGAGACCCAUGGAGGAGAGAACCGUGACCGGAAAUUAGAUACAACGGUUCAUCGUCGGGAUAUCUCGAAUUCUAUUCGACUGAUUCAUACGCGGCUCCACGAAGAGGAAGCGAUCCUCGUUGAAGCAUCAAUCAGAAGUGUAGCCUCUGCCAACGGUUCUGCACCUCGAAUUCGAAAUGAACGAAUGAACAACCAGGUAGACAUAGACGGGUACCGAGGAUAGGGACCAAUUUCGACAUGUCCAGGUUGAUCAGAAUGGCGAAGAACCCGGGAUCCGCGCGAGGUAGGGCAGCGGGAAUCGAAAUAAGCAACCAACAGGAUAGCAGGAUUCGGAGCGAGCGCGGAUGAAGUAAUUACCGAGGACUGACCAGUCACGGACCAGUCUGAUCCCAAGGGAGAUCCAGGGAUCAGGAUGCGGUGGAUCGGUUACGUGGCCACAAUUCUCUGGUGGUCGGGCAUCGCCAGGUCUCUCAGCACGCUGAAUCGAGGUCACAGUUACAAAAUCACCCCGAAGCCGUGCAGGGUGCCGGGCCCAGAGUCAAAGGAGGGCACGUGCAUGUUCGUGUGGGAGUGCAUCAAAUCGGAAGGCACGCACGUGGGCAUGUGCGUGGACACGUUCAUGUUCGGCAGCUGUUGCGUGCACAAUUCGACGUCGAACACGAUCACCGCACCCCAUCAGCAUCAAUCGAACCCUUUGAGACCGACCCUGGCAGAAGCAUUGGGCAACGAAUCGACCAGGCCCACUCUCGCUUCUCUAUCCGGCUUCCUGGUCACGGAUUCGAGCACCACGCGACCCAGUCACCGUCCAUCCGGGACGUUCGACUCUUUCGCGGGCCAGGGCAGACCGCACAGACCGCUAUCGGCCGGUUCCGCUAGACCGUUGCAAAAAAGACCGCACGCGAAACCCGCAUCCGAUCACAAAGACAGGAUCCAGACGUCGGUGGCUGCGGCCUCGUCGAAUUUCUGGGAGAAGAACCAACAGAGCACCAAGAGACCCGGCUCCUCUGAUCUUUGGGAGAAGGGAUCGCAAAGCACCAAGAGACCAGGAUCCUCUGAUCACUGGGAAAAAGGAUCACAGAGCACUAAACGACCUUCCGAUCUUCCGGAGAAAGGAUCUCAAAACGCGAAGAGACCAGGGCAACAAAGUACCAAGAGACCUGGUAUCUCUAAUCUCUGGGAGAAUAGCACUCAAAGCACCAAGAGGCCAAGUCACAAUACCCAGAAUCUUCAGCAAAAGACUAGACCAGAAGAUGGUCAACACACGGCUGUUAAGGAGAAGGACUCUUCUUAUACCACUUAUCAGAAUCAUCACCAGGGUUUCAAGGAUAAAGUGGACACGGCACAUAACACGUUAGUGAUAAGGCUACCUGGGAAGGAGCAAGGGUCUAGUAAGGAUAAGAACACUAGGCCGAACAGGCCGAACAACCAAAGACCGUCGGAAUCGAGACCUGACGAUAGCAAAACGGAGGAUGCGGAUCUAAGUGUCCAGGAGUCGGUGCACCGACCGAGCGUCAAUUCUGUCGAUGAAAAUGAACCUGCGAAGGAACCUCAUCCCAGUUUGAACUUCAUUCAUACCGAACGUCCGCAAUGGGCGACGAAGCCGAUAUCAGCGAAACCAACGACGGAAUUCUCGAAACCGUUUUUCUCGAUCAAAACGACCACUUAUCGACCGGUGUCGAUAAGUGAUCAAUCAGACACGAGGCCAAACUUCAUCUCCAAACCUAGCACUUCGAACGUUUCUAGGAAGACUACGACCACUGCCAGGCCGACUUACGCGAGUAGCUCCACAACCAGCGCAGCCGGAUCCGUGCCACAGACCUCUCACUGGCAAGUAACCACAGAGCCAGCGUUCGUCACGAAACAGAGGCCAGUGUCAUCGACGAAACCGAUGAGUUCCUCCGAGACCGCUAAACCUAUCGCCACCAGUUCUCAUUUAUGGUCGGAGAACAGCUGGACGCCGCCUAGGCCGUCCUUGAAACCACACUGGACGGACAAUCCUAGCCUCCUUCAGAACGGACCUGAAGCCUUUCCACCGCGACCGAGUUUCAAACCGACCGAACCGCAAGAAAGUACCGAGUUUCAUAAACCGCUCGGUUCAGCACACUACAUAACCACGUCCCAUUUCGAGACAUCCGCCAGGCCGAGACCCACGAAGAAGACCACCACGUCCACCACAACAACCACCAGCACCACCAGUACGACCACCAGUACUACAACAACCACCACAACCACCACAACGACCACUCCAAAACCAGAUACGACCGUGACCACUAGCGAGCCAGCCACGAGGACAGGCUCGGUGUUGACAGUUCCCGCGGCAGCGGAGAGCAAAGGUAUGCAGUGCGGUGUACCACCGCUGUUUCCGCGUCCAGAGACGAGGAUCGUCGGUGGCAAGGACGCGCCGUUCGGUCGAUGGCCUUGGCAGGUGUCCGUGAGGCGCACCUCGUUCUUCGGCUUCUCCAGCACCCAUCGCUGCGGCGGGGCGGUGCUCAACGAGAACUGGAUCGCGACCGCGGGACAUUGCGUCGACGACUUGUUGACCUCUCAGAUCCGUAUCAGAGUCGGUGAAUACGACUUCUCGUCGGUUCAAGAACGUCUACCGUACGUGGAACGAGGUGUAGCGAAGAAAGUGGUUCAUCCGAAGUACAAUUUCUUCACGUACGAGUACGAUCUGGCAUUGGUCAGGCUGGAAAGCUCGUUGACAUUUGCCCCGCAUAUCUCGCCGAUAUGCUUGCCAGCCACCGAUGAUCUGUUGAUCGGGGAAAACGCCACUGUUACCGGAUGGGGGAGAUUGAGCGAGGGUGGGACCCUACCCUCGGUGCUGCAGGAGGUUUCCGUGCCUAUAGUGAGUAACGAUAGAUGUAAGUCAAUGUUCCUGAGGGCUGGUAGACACGAGUUCAUACCAGACAUAUUCCUGUGCGCCGGAUAUGAAAGCGGAGGACAAGAUUCCUGCCAGGGCGACUCGGGUGGUCCUCUUCAAGUAAGGGGAAAAGACGGUCGAUACUUCCUCGCCGGCAUAAUAUCCUGGGGUAUCGGUUGCGCGGAGGCGAAUUUACCGGGGGUGUGCACGAGGAUCUCGAAAUUCGUCCCGUGGAUCCUGAAGAACGUCACUUGACCCAGUUACGUUUUCGUCCAUCAUUUAUCACGGGACCUUGAUGACAGCUUAACGAAAUCGAUUCCUCGGAGUCUGAACGUUGCUCUGCGCGUGUCUUCGAUUUCUUCGAUGAUUUCUUAAUCAAAGUGGAAGAAAAAGGCAACGAAUCACUGCCAAAUAUACGUGAAAUUUCCGAUCGACGACCUACGUUGAUCCUAACAAGAGAACACGAGACUCGAAACGAUAAACGCUUCCGUGUUUCCCUUUCGCGCAUCUCCUAACGGUGAUUUUAUUUCGCAAGAAAACACGAUGGAAAUAAAGGCACGGGGGAAGAUGUAUCGGAUUGAAGUUUGAGAAACUUCCAUCUCGAAGACUGUCGCUUUGAAAGCGAAGCCAAUCAAACGCAGAUUACGCGAGACUGUGGAAGGUUUCACGUACGAGACCAAUAAAUAAAAGUCGUUCUUAAACGACGAAGGAACUCACAAGAAUUGUAUUUAUAUAUAUAUAUAUACAUAUAAAUAAGAUAAUAAUAUAUUUCUCGUCGAAUGGACGAUCAAGCAACGUUGUAUCAGCUUUUAUCAUCCUGUGUACAUGAACAGAGAAGGAAGAGAAGUAAAGAGUCGCCAGCUUGACGUUGAAAAGGCCUCUGCAAAAUUAUGAUAUUAUUAGAAAAAAAAAAAUAAUAUACACUUGAAAUUUCAGGCAGUUUCAGCAGCAAGCUCAUUUCCACUUGUGUAUAGCGAAGCCUGUAAAUGCUAAAUUCUUGCCCAUCGUUUCUAAUAAUUAAAUUAAAUCCUUUUUAUCCCUUUUGUCUUUCUGUCUGUCUGUCACUCUGUCUUUCUUUUAUUUACAACUUACGAAUCCUUGUACAGACAUACAUCGUAAUACUUAAAGGUAGGUGUGUGCGAAUUAGAAAAACUCGACUAAAUAUAUAUAUAAUUGUUUAUAGAUUAUAACGAUAUUUAUAAGUAUGUCAAAUAAACACAUGUUUAUUAUUACUACUA